AUGCUCGCUCAAGGUAGUCAAGGCUCGGCUGCCAGCAAGGGCAAAAAGCGCUCUGUGACUGGCUCAGGAACACCCGAGAGCUUUGCUGAAGCGAAAAAGAUGAAGACGCACAGCAGUGAUGACUCAGAAGACGAACCCUCCAAUCAGCUGUUUGUGGAAGAGGACACAUUCGUGAAGGCCCAAGCUGCUGAAAGGAGUGAUAUUCGAAAGGCUCCGAAAGCUGUCGACGUGGCAAAGAUCGAUAAACCCUCUUGCGACAUCACCGAGCUACCAGAAGGAAUGCAGUUCUUUGAGAAGAUUAUCAAUGAGUACAAGUCAUUGCAGCGGACCUUGAUACAGACGGAGAGCAAGCUCCAGAAGAGCGAGGAUGAGCUGAAAAGUCUGAAAAUGAGCACCAUGACUGAUAAAUGCCAGUUUGAGGUGGCUAAAGCCGACUUGCAAGAUGCGAUGGAUCUCCUUAAGGCCGAGUUGCUUCAGAUCAAGACCGAGAAGGAAAAAAUGAAGACGGCUACGGACAAUGGAGGUUGCAAGCGUUGUACCGAGCUCGAAGAACAGCUCAACCACCUCUUUACGAGCUUUCGCCCUGCCUCAAAGUAG